ACGAAACGGCGAGUAUUAAACAAGAAGAAGAAAACAACUCCGCGUUCUUUUGCUUGGUGGCGCUGACGCUGUCUCUUUCUCCGUGUCUCUCUCUUUCUUUCUCUCCCUCCCUCUCUCUCUCUCUGCUACACUCUGCUUCACUCUCUCUCUCUAACUUCUUCUGAGCCCUUCCAAUGGCUUCUACUAAGGAUGAUAAUCGAGGUUCACUCGGAUCAAAGAGGUUUCGAAACGAUGCUCCACGUAAAGAAGGAGACUGGACCUGCCUUAACUGUGGAAACUUAAACUUUUCAUUUAGAACUGUUUGCAACCGGGGACAUUGUGGUGCACCAAGACCAUCCAUAAUCCAGCCUGCCCCAGUUACAAGCCCAUAUAGAAACACUCCUCCCUUCUACUAUGGUGGUGUUGGGGCUCCUCCUCCACCAUAUGGAGUGUCUGGCCGAUUUGGAUCCCCGAUGCCACAUUCUGGUGUGCAAUAUGAUUAUGGUCUGUAUCCUAGGCCUCGUCUACCAUAUAGUCCAUUACCGUCAUUGCCACCUGGAAGCUUUGGAGGUAUUCCUUAUGGUCCAAGGCCUAGUAUCAACGGCUAUGGAUAUGGCUUUCAAAGUCCUCCAUGGGCCGAAGGACUGAUAACUGAUAAUUUUGCAUCUCGGAAACGCCGAGGAGGGCCAGAUGGCUUGUCCGAAGGAGACUGGAUCUGCCCGAAAUGUGAGAAUGUUAACUUUGCUUUCAGAACAACUUGCAACAUGAAACACUGUGGAGCUCCAAGACCUGGCACAAGUCGAGGCGCUCCCGAAGGCAGUUGGACCUGUAAAAAAUGCGGUAAUCUCAACUAUCCCUUUAGAAAUGUGUGCAACAGAAAAGACUGUGGAAGUGAGAGAACAACCUCUGCCAUGUGAAAAUGUCAAAAGAGUAGUAUUAUGAAUGUACAAUAAUAUGUACAUACAUAGAGGUUUUGUUUGCAUUCCUUCUCCUUUUGUAAAAGAAAAAGUUAUUAUCUCUUAAUUAGGAAUUCGGAAACUAGACCGCUAGGAAAGAAGAGUUCUCCAUGCAGAUCAUUUUUACACUGGUUGUUCUUGAUGAUAACUUAUUUUGUUAAUUUUUUUUAAAAUGUUCAUGGAAUUUUAUUUUGUUAAAGUUACUUAAAAUUCACUAUGCAGAAUUUUGCUUUGUGUUGCAUAUUGAGGUAUGUUGGGAGAAAUAUUAUCCCCUGCGAGAUUAGAGUUUACUAAUAUAAGUGUUUAAAAUUAGGCCAAAAGUUUGUGGCCCUUUGUAAUAUUCGCCACUAUUUGGACUCUUUGAUUGGAGCGUAAUGCAUGUAUUUGAAAUGUAUUUUGACUAUUUUCAAUGAAAUAUUUUGA